ACAUACUUGCGCGCCUCAUGGCCUAUGCGAAAUCAGAGCCUUUCAAACUCGCAGUUGAUGUAGGGUGUGGAUCAGGCCAGAAUACACGACCUUUGGCCCCAUAUUUUGAAAAGAUCAUCGGUGUUGAUGUGAGUGAAGCACAGAUAAGAGCUGCACAGUCUUUGGAGAAUCCACCAAAUGUUGAAUUUAGAAUAGGAAGUGCUGAGAGCGUUGCUGUACCGGACAGGUCUGUCGACUUGAUCACAUGUGCAGAGUCAGUGCAUUGGUUUGAUUUAGAUGCGUUCUUUCGUGAGAUGGACAGAGUACUGAAACCCAACGGAUGCAUUGCCAUUUAUACAUAUCACAAAAUACGGCCCUGGGUUGAAGGUGAUGACGUAAAGAAUGAACAAUUAAAGGAUGUGGUUACGCAGGUCAGCAUUGCCAUAAGACCCUAUUCCAGCCCACGUUCACAACAUCUUCAUAACAAGUUAGCAGAUAUCCACAUCCCAUAUGAUGAAACUACAAGGGAUGAGUCGUUUGACAUUCGAUAUGACACGACUGUAGCGUCUUACAUGGACUACAUCCGAUCUUGGUCCAAUUAUCAAGUUUACCUGGAGAAGAAUCCAAGUGGCCCUGAUAUCCUCAAGGAGGUACAGGAACGGUUGAUGGAGAUUUUAAGUUUAGAUUGCCCUGCAGAGGAUGCCAAGAUACACGUCAGAUCAUCAGUUGUUUUGCUUCUUGGAAGAAAACCACGCGAGGAGACUGGCACGUAGGCGAACAACAGCAUUGUUUGUAAAAUUAAAAUAGUUAACUGUGCUCUCGGCAAAACUCCCGAUUUAAACGCACUUUUGUCUUUGUCCAGGGUCUUUCUUGAGAAAUUUAUUUGCCAAAACAACGACAACUCCCUAUCGCUUCCCUUUCCAGUUCAAUAUUCUCAUAAAAGAGUCUUUUGUAAAGUUAAUGGUUAUUUGCUUUUACAGAAGAAAACCUACACAAGUCUUUUUAAAUUGUGUAAUUCUGUAUUUCGAUCAGCAAUUUGGUCUGCAAUUUGUACAGUUGAAAAGAUGUAUAAAUGGAAUUUAGUUAACAUUAUCAGUGUAAACCAUUGAUUCCUUAUUUGAACUUUGCUUUUGCUUACUACGUAUAUAGAAGUGAAGGGUUAAAAUAACUGAUAUUGUCAAAUUGUAGCCUUAAUUACACGUGGUUGACUGUAUGAGGCAAAGGUGAAUUGUAUGCCAUGAUUUGGUGAGAAUCCGUCAGCAAUUAACGCUGUAUUUUGUUCUGCUCAGUACAUGCUUGAAAUAUUAUUGAAAUCUAACAAUAUCUGUCGCUAAUAGUAUAGUGAAAAUUGUUUUCCUUUUAAUGACACUGGAUAUUGAAAAUCAAGAUUCAGUAUCCCUCUUGAAAUGGCAAAUUGAAAAUUGGAAAAAGGGUAAGUACUGAGGAAAAAGGGCUCAUUAAACAGUAUAUUCAAUUAUUCUAUUGGCUUUCACUCUUCAAGUUAAUGGCUUCCAAAACUGAACCCAAAUUCCUGAAAUAAAACAACACUUCUGGAAUAUUGAAGACUGAAUGUAAGCGGAAAGGAUGUUCUUAUUUAUUUUUUCUUAAUAAAAAUCCAGAAGAGAGACGCUUCA